AUGGCCCGAUCCAAGACCCUACAGGAAACAUCACCAACCAGUCUUCUGGUGGAACGACGAAAUUGGAGAUCUACGGAGGGCUUGCCUAAUCGCAAGAAGGCGCUACCAACGGGAAAGGAAGCGACUGGAUGCAAAUUGGCCAUCAAACCAAACCCGCUACUGUGGUACGACGGCAUUCUGCGGAUUCCUCUACCACAAGGAUGUGAAACUAUUGGAUACGCAGAUGACGAAGCGUUGGUGAUUGUCGCCAACGACCUUGAGGUGACUGAAGCGAUUGUAUUUUGUGCAAUUGGAAAAAUCACAGACUGGCGCGACUCAGUCGGUCUCUCACUGGCUGUGCAUAAGGCGGUCUCUGAUUGGCCGUGCAUAAGGCGGUGCACGGAAGCGGUGCGUAUCAGCAGUAGGAAGACAGUAGGAAGAUCAAUGAUCGUCUCGAAGCGGGCUAUACCUGGGCAUGAAGCUAAUGCGAUUGCAGUAGCCGUCAACCACGGCACACCUAAAAAAGCUGCCAGCUAUGAGGCCAGAACUCGGAGUCUUGCGGCUUGGCAGGGACGCUUCUCAUCCCAAGCGUUACAUCAUGUGGAUAUUAGUUUUAAUCUAGAUAUAAUUUUUGUUCCAUUUCAGUUCAAAAAAUAUUGUGAACCCCUAUUGCAUUUGGCCGGAUACAAAGUUGAAAUUUUUCGAACUAAUCAUAUUGGACAUGCAAAAUCAUUUAUUGAGGAAAUUACCAACUUGCCUGAUGUUGUUGUUGUUGCAGGUGGAGAGGGGACUACUUCCGAGGUAGUAACUGGCCUACUGCGGAGAACUGGAGAUUUGUGUCCGCUAACUUUACUGCCACUUGGUCGAAAAAGCGAAUCACCGUCAAUCAAUUUUGCUAUAACUGGAAAUGAUUUGGAUUCUGUAAAAUCCUUAACAAGUGCAUUAUUGCCCCUGCUUAAAAACCAGUUUGAGUAUAAAAGCGUGAUUCAAUGUGACGUUCUUAGUAACUACGAUAACAUCAAUGAGCAAAGCGCUAAUCGUUUAAAGCCAAUAUUCGGACUAAAUCGUUUUUCGUGGGGAAUUUUAAAGAAUAUAGACUCUUCAAAAGACAAGUAUUGGUAUUUUGGCCCAGUAAAGCACUAUGUAGCUGCGCUUCUGACUUCUACAUCGAACAAAUCAAAUUGGAGUUUUGAGAUUGCUUACGAAUAUACUCCGCCAUGCCCAGGAUGCAGGAACUGCGCCGUACUGAACAGACCGAUGGCGCCGACCCCUGCUGUGAAUGAUAGUGGCUCCUUUUUUAUCAGAAAACUUGUAACACCUAAAAUCGAGCCUUCUUCUCAAAAAUUCUCCAAGAAACAUAUUCUCAAUAACAACUGCAGCACUCAAAUUAAGGGAAAAAUUGAGGCCAAUGAUUUGACUAUUGCUUGUAGCCAAAAUAAGGAAAACUUUGUUGAAUUGGAAAGCAAGUUUAUUAAUUCAUUACAUCCUGGCUGGGAUUUUAUAAAAAAUAUUCCUAACAUAGCCAUUAGCAACAUACAACCUAGCUUAGUACUGAAGAGUCGAACCAUUCAGUUAUAUCCAUCAAGUCCUAAAGCAAGUUUACUUUAUUCUAUUGAUGGCGAGGAGUACGAUGCCAGGCCAAUUAAAAUAUCGGUGGUUCCUAAUGCCAUUAAAGUGUUUUGUUAACUUUUUUCUGAAUUUAUUAUUUCAUGAAUAAAAAAAUUCGACGUUUUUAAAGAAGCAUAA